UAAAGAUAGUUAUUUUUUUUUAAUAUGUGUUCUUUAUAGAAUAUAAGUGUCAAAUGUGACUAAUGAUACUUUUGUGAUUAACUGUAUAAAUGAUAUAUAAAUGAUACUCAAUCGGUGAAAAGUGAAUACAUUUACUUAUAAUAUGUCAGAAAAUAGACUUGAUAUGGAUAUUGAUAAUCAAAGUGAAGAUGGAGAAAUAAAGAAAAGCCCUUCGAAGGACAUGGAUGAUUUUAGUUUUUCAGAGGAGGAUGGGGGAGAUACAGCAGAUUCUUUAGAUAUAAAACCACCACAAGCUGUUGUCCGUCAUCAUAAAUCUAAUUCAUCAAGAAGAAGAGACAAACACAGUGAUAGAAGAGAUCGUAGAGAAGAAAAGGAGAGAAAAUCUAGGCAUCAUGAUCGUGGAGAAGAUAGACACAGAGAUAAACAUAGACAUCGUAGACAUGGCAUGGAUAUUUUGGAAAGAUCAGAACGUUCUGAGGGUUCUAAACGAGAAAGAGAGAGACUUGAAAGAUUAGAAAGAAUGGAAAAUCAUAGAGAUAGAGAAUCUAGACAUGAUAGAAAAGAAAGAAGUACAGGAGAUCGUGUUUUGGAAGAUUUAAGAGAAAGAUUAUUAGACAAAAGAAGAGAAAGACGAGAAGAUUCGCGAGAUAUUCGGGAUUACAAAGUGGAAGCACGUCGUGAGAUCCGUUUGGAUGAUUCUCGCGAAUUACGCGAUUCACGUGAACGUAGAGAAAUGCGUUUGGAAGAUAUGCGAGAACGUCGUGAUAUUCGUACUAUUGAAGAUAUUAGAGAACGUCGUGAAAUUCGAAUGGAGGAGCAUAGACAUAUAAGAGUUUUGGAAGAACAAUAUUCUGAAACAGAGCUUAUAGAACGGCCCGAGAGAAGUGAGAAACGUCAUAAGAGAUCACAUAAACAUGAUCGUCUUCGUGAAAGAGACAGAGAAAAAGCAGAGCGUGAGAAGGAACAUAGAGAAAAACAAUUACGUGAAGCAAUGGAAAUUGUCACGGAAGAACCAGAUGACAUAGAAAUCAAUGAAAUACAAAUACCGGCAAAAGAUCCAAAAGAAAUGACUGAACAGGAACUUAGAAAAGAAAGAUUACUGGAAGCUGAUAGAGAGAUGGCUAGAAGAAAAGAAGUUUCUAGAUUGGAAUUAGAAGCUCGACGAAUGAAAAGAGGUGAAAAACGACCUUUAAGUCCAGACAAUAAUCAAGAUCCAUCUAUUGUAGAAUUAUCAGAUGAAAGUCCAAGUCCUGGCCAUUCGGAUGAAGUUCGUUCUAAAUCUAUUGAAUCUAGACAUUCAUCUGAUGGCCAAAGAAGUAUACGUGAGAGAUCUUCUGAUAGACAUUCUUCUGAUUCAUCUGAAUCUAGUAGCGAUGAUGACGAUGAAUCAAAUGAUUCAAAUAAAGGAUCUAAUGCUGAUUCAAAUGAUGGUUCAGAUUACAAUAAUCCAAGUCCAUUAUCUGUAGAUCGAUUGGCUAAAUCUGAUCAUUCUGAUGGAGAAUCACCUGGACAUGUAGAUUCAAACAAUGCAUCUAAGAAUGCAGAAGAAGAAGAAAAAAAAGAAGAAGAGGAGCCUGAAUUACCUCCAUAUUUACCAGCAAUUCAAGGAUGUAGAAGUGUGGAAGAAUUUCAAUGUUUAAAUCGUAUCGAAGAAGGUACAUACGGUGUAGUAUAUAGAGCACGUGAUAAGCGUACAGAUGAAAUCGUUGCUUUAAAACGAUUGAAAAUGGAGCAAGAAAAAGAAGGUUUUCCAAUUACUAGUCUUAGAGAAAUAAAUACUUUACUAAAAGCUCAGCAUCCAAAUAUUGUUACUGUUCGAGAAAUAGUUGUUGGUAGUAAUAUGGAUAAAAUAUUUAUUGUGAUGGAUUAUGUGGAACAUGAUUUGAAAUCAUUAAUGGAAACAAUGAAUCAAAAGAAACAAGUUUUUAUACCAGGAGAAGUCAAAUGUCUUAUGCAACAGCUAUUACGAGCAGUAGCACAUUUGCAUGAUAACUGGAUUCUUCAUCGAGAUUUGAAAACGUCUAAUUUAUUGUUGAGUCAUCGAGGUAUUUUAAAGGUUGGUGACUUUGGUUUAGCACGAGAAUACGGUUCUCCUUUGAGACAAUAUACUCCGGUUGUUGUAACGCGUUGGUAUAGAGCUCCUGAAUUGUUAUUAAAUGGAAAAGAAUAUAGUACUCCCAUCGAUAUGUGGUCAGUAGGAUGCAUCUUCGCAGAAUUAUUAAGAAUGGAAGCAUUGUUUCCGGGUAAAUCUGAAAUUGAUCAAUUAAAUAGGAUAUUUAAAGAAUUAGGUACACCAAAUGAUCGAAUAUGGCCAGGAUAUAGUAAAUUGCCGAUGGUGCAAAAAAUUCCUUUUGCUCAUUAUCCCGUAAACAAUUUAAGACAACGUUUUAGCUUAUCGUUAUCAGAUUUAGGCAUUGAACUAUUAAAUAAGUUUCUUACGUAUGAUCCUCAACAACGAAUUUCAGCUGAAGAUGCUUUAAAACAUGGAUAUUUUACAGAAGCACCGUUACCAAUAGAUCCACAAAUGUUCCCUACAUGGCCUGCUAAGUCGGAACUUGGUGUAAAAACAGCAAAUGCUUCACCAAAACCACCAAGUGGUGGAAAAGAAUAUAAACAAUUAAGAGAUGGAGACGAUGCUGAUUUAAGUAACUCUGGUUUUCACAUGGGUCUCACGGAAGGCGGUAGACAACCACCUGUCGGUGGUGGUUUUCAUUUAAAAUUUUAAAUAUACAUGACAAAUUUUAUAUCAAACGAAAAAUAAUUGCUUUUCUAAAAAAUUAUCUUUGUACAUAAUUAUCCAAAUGAAAAUAAUUGUAUAUGCAAUUAAAGAAUGCUAUAAAUUUCACAUGAAAAAAAUAUUACAUAUACAAUAAUUUUGAAUAAUUUUAUCCUUUCAAACAGCUUUUGAUUGAAAUACUCUUUUUGAAAGUUUAUAUU